UUAUUUUAUAUAUAAAUACCGGAGGAUAAGGGGUGCUUGAAAACAAGAAGAGAGUGUCCCAUUUGGGUUUUUUAAUCUGUUCUUAAGAAUACUGUAAACGAGAUGGCAGCAAGAGUAGGGAGGAUGAAAUUGGGGUCACAAGGCCUGGAAGUGUCAGCCCAGGGACUUGGCUGUAUGGGCAUGUCAGAUGCCUAUGGCUCUAGAAAGCCUGAGGAGGAGAUGAUAGCUCUAAUCCACCAUUCCAUUAACAGUGGUAUCACUUUCCUUGACACCUCUGAUGUUUAUGGUCCUCACACCAAUGAAAUCCUCCUCGGAAAGGCUCUGAAAGGAAGGAGAGAGAAGGUGGAAUUGGCCUCUAAGUUUGGAAACAUAGUUUUGGAGGAAGGGAAAAGGGAAAUCCGAGGGGAUCCGGCAUAUGUGAGAGCGGCCUGUGAGGCAAGUUUGAAGAGGCUUCAGCUUGAUUGCAUCGAUCUCUACUAUCAACACCGGAUUGAUACCCGAGUUCCCAUUGAAGUCACGAUGGGUGAGCUCAAAAAACUAGUGGAAGAGGGAAAGAUCAAGUACAUUGGACUAUCUGAGGCUUCUCCUUCCACAAUUAGGAGAGCUCAUGUUGUUCACCCUAUAACAGCAGUGCAAUUGGAGUGGUCCUUAUGGUCAAGAGAUGUAGAAGAAGAAAUAAUUCCUACUUGUAGAGAAUUUGGAAUAGGUAUUGUGGCAUAUAGUCCUCUGGGAAGAGGUUUCCUCUCUUCAGGGCCCAAACUUUUAGAAAAUCUUACUGCAAAUGACCGACGAAAGAUUCAUCCAAGGUUCCAACCUGAGAAUGUUGAACAUAACAAACUUAUAUUCGAGCGAGUAAAUGAAAUUUCUACCAGAAAGGGAUGCACUCCUGCUCAGCUUGCAUUGGCAUGGGUUCACCACCAAGGAAGCGAUGUUUGUCCCAUACCAGGCACCACCAAGAUUGCAAACCUCAACCAAAACAUAGGUGCUUUGUCUGUGAAAUUAACUCCCAACGAAAUGGCUGAACUUGAAUCCUUGGCUUUGGGUGUAAAAGGUGAAAGAUAUCCAUCCACAAUGAGAACUUGGAAGAACUCAGACACCCCUGAUCCAUCAACCUGGAAAGGUCAAUAAUUUUGUUAUUCCAAGAUGAACUUCAAAUUUUCUUUCGAUUUUAAAAGAAAAUUGUUCCCAUGAAACUCACAAAGCUCUUAAAAUGUAAUGUCACUUUCUUUUCGAAGUCUUUGAGUUUCACUGUGUAAUGAAAUAAGGUUGAUGGUCUUUUCAGUUUUGUGAUGAUCAAAGUAUCACCCUUCUUUUUUCUCUC